AUGGACUUCUCUUCCUCCAAGCGACCGGCGACGGCGGCGGCGGAAGCUGUACACUUCCGCCUUCUGUGUCCCGCCUCAAGGACCGGUGCAAUAAUCGGAAAAGGCGGCUCUGUCAUUCGCCACCUCCAAUCUGUUACCGGUUCCAAAAUCCGCGUCAUCGAUGAUAUUCCUGUUCCUUCCGAGGAGCGUGUAGUGUUGAUAAUCGCACCGAGCGGAAGGAAAGAUCACUCGAAGAAGGACGAGUCUAAUGGAUGCGAUUCGGAAAACAACAGCUCGGAGGAGCCGACGAAGCAAGGCAAAGCGGGAAGCGAGUGUGUGGCCGGAGAUAAAGCCGACGAGGAAGCGCCGUCUUCGGGACAGAUGGCUCUGGUUAGGGUUUUGGAGAGAAUAGUGUUUGGUGAUGAUGCUGCUUCUGCAGAGGAUGUUGAAUUGGACAAAGGCGAGUGCGAGGGUUUGUGUCGGAUGAUCGUUAGAGGCAACCAAGUCGACUUCUUGAUGAGUAAAGGAGGGAAUAUGAUGCAGAGGAUCAGAGAAGACAGUGGAGCCACCGUUAGGAUUGCAUCCACUGAUCAGAUUCCUCCUUGUGCUUUCCCUGGAGAUGUUGUGAUUCAGAUAACUGGAAACUUCUCGACUGUGAAGAAGGCGCUUCUGUUGAUCACAAACUGUCUUCAAGAGAACGGUGCGCCUCCGACUUGGGAAGAGUGUCCGUUUCCGCCGCCUGGUUAUCCGCCGGAAUAUCAUUCUAUGGAGUACCAUCAGUGGGACCAUCCUCCUAAUCCAAUGCCUGAAGACGUUGGACCCUUUAAUAGACCCGUUGUUGAAGAGGAGGUCGCCUUCAGGCUGUUAUGCCCUGCUGACAAAGUCGGGAGCUUGAUAGGGAAAGGUGGAGCCGUGGUUCGAGCUCUGCAAAACGAGACCGGUGCAUCAAUCAAGGUCUCUGAUCCGACUCAUGAUACAGAGGAGCGUAUCGUUGUGAUAUCAGCACGAGAGAACUUGGAGAGAAGGCACUCUCUUGCUCAGGAUGCUGUGAUGCGUGUGCAUAAUAGAAUCGUUGAGAUUGGAUUUGAGCCUAGUGCUGCGGUUGUUGCACGGCUUCUUGUGCAUUCUCCGUAUAUAGGACGUCUGUUGGGUAAAGGGGGACAUGUGAUAAGUGAGAUGAGGAGAGCCACUGGUGCUAGCAUCCGCGUCUUUGCAAAAGAUCAAGCUACAAAGUAUGAGUCUCAACAUGAUGAGAUUGUGCAGGAAUGGGUGGUCCACCUCCGCCGUUCAUGGGGCCAUAUCCAGAACCGCCUCCUCCUUUUGGACCGAGGCAAUAUCCAGCUUCUCCAGAUCGAGAGGCAUUGUCAUGGUCCUGGAUUUGACAGACCACCUUCUCCAAUGUCUUGGACCCCACAGCCACCUAUCGAUGGCCAUCCCGGUGGUAUGGUUCCUGAUGUGAACCACGGGUUUGCCUUGAGAAAUGAGCCCAUUGGCAGCGAGAAUCCGGCAAUGACAAGCGCAAAUGUGGAGAUUGUGGUUCCUCAGGCAUACUUAGGUCAUGUCUAUGGUGAGAACUGCAGUAACCUGAACUACAUCAAGCAGGUAUCAGGAGCGAACGUAGUGGUGCAUGAUCCAAAGGCCGGGACUACAGAGGGAUUGGUGGUGGUCUCAGGGACAUCAGAUCAAGCUCAUUUUGCUCAGAGCCUUCUUCACGCUUUCAUUCUUUGUGGUCAAUCUUGA